AACAUGGCGAAGAAUUACUGGGGGUUUUUCCUAACCCUAGGGUUGAUGUUCGGUCUGAGUCAGCAGGCUUUACUUUUGAGCAGAGACUACUAUACGGCUGGAGUGGUGGAGUUUAGACCCUCAAGCCAAUUGUCCGAUAAUCUGGACGCCUAUGUGGAGAUCAUUCACUCGAAGAAUGCCAGUUUGACGGACAUUAUUGUGUUCCCGGAGAGCACUCUCAACGAGGCGGGUUCCACGACCUUUGUGCCCAAUCCCGAGGACCAGAUAAAUCCCUGCCUGAGUGACCCCGAGUUCAGCGUUUACGAGGAGUUCCUGGUGACCCUGUCGUGUGCGGCCCGCAAUUCCAGCAAAUACAUUGUGAUCAAUCUCACCGAGAAGCAGAAGUGCGAGGAUGUGCCGGAGGAUACGAGGCCAUGUGCCUUGAAUGGCCUGAAUGUAUUCAAUACCAACGUGGUCUUCGAUCGCCAGGGAGUGGUGGUGUCCAGGUACCGAAAGGUUCACCUGUACGGUGAGCCCAAGAACAGCACUUACCUGCCCGAAACGAGCAUCUUCGAGACGGAUUUCGGGGUCACCUUCGGGCACUUCAUCUGCUUCGACAUACUCUUCUAUACGCCGGCCCAUCAGCUAGUGGAUCAGGGAGUCACGGACUUUGUCUACCCGGCCAUGUGGUUCUCCCAACUGCCCUUCCUCACAGCUGUUCAGAUCCAAUUGGGCUGGUCCUAUGCCAACGAUGUAAAUCUGCUGGCCGCGGGGGCCAGCGAUCCCAGCGUGGGCAAUAGUGGUUCGGGGAUUUACCAGGGACGCAGUGGCUCCAUGAAGAGGGUGAUGCGCCAGGAGAUGGGGGAGCGGACUGUGUAUGUGGCCCGGGUGCCCAAAUAUAAAAGCAGAGGGCGGCGAAUGAGGAGGGAUCUCGGUCGGCAAUCGGCCACCAGUUCGAGUUUCAACAUAAAGCGUGACUAUCUGGAGAACUUUAGCAGCGAGGAGCUGCCUUUAGAAUCGGGAAAAAGCGGCAAUCUCAGCAAGAUUCUGUGUCACGGCGGCUUCUGUUGUCACUUCGAUGUGGCCUGGAGAUCCCUGGGUAGCCAGAUGGGAAACCAGAGCUACUAUAGCUAUCGCCUGGGUAUUUUCGAUGGGUGGCGCAAUGAGAAGCGACUGGAUGUCAACUAUGUGCGGAAUUGCGGUUUGUUCGCCUGUCGCGGCGAUUCAAUAGACGAUUGCGGUCAGCUGAUGGUUGACCUUCGGCAGCCCGAGGUGACCUUCAGCCGACUGGAGAUUAGGGUCACCUAUCCGCACUCGCGGGAGUUCCUGUUGUUCCCCAACACCCUCCUCGAUAAUCUACUGCCCCUGGAGCCCAAGCAAUUUGAGUGGUCACAACAACAGACUGCCGAGGAAAGCCAUCAGGUGCGAUUCGCUUUGAGGCCAUCCCAGGAGGUCAGUCACCUGCUGACCUUUGCCAUUUAUGGCAACUACUACUAUAAUGAUUGCACUUUUGGCGUGGGAACCGCCGAGGAGCAACUGGCCUGUGGUUAUAGCCAUCCGAAAGUAUACUGA